GUCACAUUAGGCCGUACACAUUUUCCUUUUAUUUAUUCUAACUCUUAAUUGCAAAACCGCUUCUAAACCCUAGCUACUUCCGGUCCGAUCUCCGCCGGUACGCCGCCGUUGCCCAUUCUCGCAGCCGCGGAGAAGGUCUCAUUGAAGAUUUUUCUGUAUUUUAUUGCAGGCUUUUGCAAUUUCAAGGAACUAUAUCUAUCGCCUUAUUUGAUGGCAUUCGUUUUCGAGGCAGCAUCAACCAGCUGCUUUGCUUCUUGGCGACAGCGGAAUAAUCUGUUGAGUGCAUUUUCUGACCCGACGUUUGGAAAAUUGGCGAGUGCUCACUUUAGAUACGGUGUAUCUAGAAGCCGGAAUUGUUUUGUUACGAUGGCUGGAAAUACCUCUGUAGAGCCCGUUGAACGAGGUUCUGCUGUUGUUAAAAGGAAUUUGGGGAUUCCAAUCAUGGUGAAUGGGUGCACAGGAAGAAUGGGAAGAGCUGUGCUCGAAGCUGCAAUCUCUGCUGGCCUGAAUCCCGUGCCUGUAGCACUCGGCGGUCCAGAAGAUGCAGGAAAAAUUGUGGAUGUUGCUGGAAAACGAAUUGAGGUGCACGGUCCUUCUGAUAGAGAAUCCAUCCUGUUUUCCGCGUCUAAGGAUUAUAGGGACCUCAUUGUUGUGGAUUACACAGUGCCAGCUGCUGUGAAUGCCAAUGCUGAACUGUAUUGCAAAGUUGGUGUACCUUUUGUGAUGGGAACGACUGGUGGAGACCGGGAGCUGCUGUAUAAGACUCUGGCUGAGUCGAAGGUUUAUGCCGUGAUAUCUCCACAAAUGGGUAAACAGGUGGUAGCAUUUCUUGCAGCCAUGGAAAUUAUGGCAGGGCAAUUUCCUGGUGCCUUUUCUGGGUAUAAUCUACAAGUAAUAGAGUCGCAUCAAGCUGGCAAAUUGGACCUGUCUGGAACUGCAAAGGCUGUCAUAUCAUGUUUUCAGAAGCUGGGGGCAUCAUUUGAAUUAGAACAGGUGCAGCAAAUACGAGACCCCAAGGUACAAGUAGAUAUGGGUGUUCCAGAAGAGCAUUUGUCAGGUCAUGCAUUUCACACUUAUCGCCUAAUAUCACCUGAUGGAACUGUUUCCUUUGAGUUUCAGCACAAUGUAUGUGGUCGAUCAAUCUACGCAGAGGGUACUGUUGAUGCCAUUCUGUUCCUUGCUAAGAAGGUUAACUUGAAUGCCGACAAACGGAUAUAUGAUAUGAUUGAUGUUCUCCGUGAGGGUAAUAUGAGAUGAAGAAGGUAUCAAGCGGUUCUUUCUGUCCAAUUUCUUUAGAUGAAGAUUCUAUUUCUAAUUGCGGACAAUCUAAAUUAUAUGCUGUAUCAAUUGUGCCAUGGGAUUGGAUAUUGCAGCUGCAAGUUCAUGCCAAUUUUGUAGGCAGUAUGUUUUAUA